AAAAAUCCACUAUCUCAAAACCAAACUCCUCUCACAAAAACCCACGAUAUGAAAAUGCGUUGACAAAACUUUUAUACUGUGUGAUUGUGUGAUUUGUUCCCGAACCGACCAAUCAAUGAAACCCUGAUUCGGCGGAGCACUCCACCUGAUGAAACACUUAGACGCUUCAUUUAGCCGUUGUCACGUGACGUGGGUGUUUUGAAUCACGCUUCGGAUCAGUGUUUCGAAUCAUCUUUGCUUCGGGAUCUCGCAAAGCUUCGGAACGUCUGUUUCGCGCCAGCCAUCCUUAUGUAGAGGUUGUCUUAGUUUUCAGCAUCGCAUGGACUGCUUAAAUAACACUUUCGGUAUCAGCACGAUUUAUUAACAUUUAAGCGCAUAUGUGAAUUCACAGUGAUGGUGACAUGCACUGCAUGUGGUAGGGGGUGAGAUGUUUAUCGGCACAGAAAUGUGCUGACGUUUGGGCUCAGCAGUUUGGCAAUAACAUGUCGUCCACUGAGGCUGCCAGGGAGUUCCAAGCCAAAGAGCGCAAAUGCAGAAAUCAGCUGAAGAAACGAUUGGCUAAUGCACUCUCAGGAGAUCUGAACCGGCUGCUGCAUGAGGAGCAGGAGACUGACGUCACUCUGUGUGUGGGUUCUGCGGUUCAGCUGAAAGCGCACAGAGCCGUGCUGCUGGCCCGAGCUCCUCGUCUCCUGCAGGGAGCCGAGUCAACUACACCUGUCAUCCACCUGCAGGGGAUUGAACCUGCAGCCCUCAAAGAGUUUAUACAGAAAGUGUACACAGAAGACAAGUGCCUGGAGAAGGAGAAUAAUGCCUUAAAUACACACAAUGGCCACCCACCGGCACUGAACAGUACCUCUGCAGAUGGCCAUGAUAUCGACUCUCAGGACAGCUCUGACACAGGUUUAGGGCAUUUAGAGCCAGCCUCAGGGCUUGGGGCAGAUCUUUUGGCUCUGUUUCAGAGAGGUGAUAUGUCUGACAUCAGCAUACAGGUGGCAGAUAGAGUCUUUUCAGCACACAGGGCCAUUAUUUGCUCGCGCUCGCAGUAUUUCCGAGCAAUGUUGUGUGGCAGUUGGAUGGAGAGUUUGCACCAAUGUAUCACUCUGCAGGGUCUGGGUCCAGAUGAGAUGGAGGUUCUGCUUCAUUUCAUGUACGGUGCCAUCGUAGACUUUCCUCCACGAACCAAUGUCAGUCAGGUUGUGUUAGCGGCAGACAUGCUGGGCCUGGAGGGGCUGAAAGAUGUGGCUGAGAUGGUCCUGACCCGAGACUACUGCCGCUUUUUCCCACAGCCUGUUGAUGGAGUUCAGAGAUCCAUACUGGAGUGCCUCGCCAUUACACACUCCAUAGGCCUGCAUGAUCUCUACUGCUCCUGUGUGAGAUGGGUCGCUGAGCAUUUUGUGAAGUGCUGGUCAGAGAGGAAUUUUGCCCUCCUCCCUCCAGAACUACAGAGAGAGUGCCUCAAAACUGUCAUUGCAAACAUGACAGUGCAGAGUGUGGCAUCUGUGCUAUGUGGCAAUGAGCAGCUGAUUGGCAGUCUGCCAGAAGUGAAAUGGGCAAAGCAGGUGCUCAGUUUGGCCAAUGAACUGCAAGAAGAGUGUCUGCAGAUGAUUGUCAAACACCUGCCCCAGGUCACACACACCACUGCCUUCCACAACAUCAGAAAGAGAGAGGAGUUCACACGUGACCCUACUCUACUGAGGAAGGUGUGUGGAGCCGUGCGAAAGGGCGUAACUGUGGAGAACUGCUGUGACCUCUUUACUGCCAUGGAUCAGCUGAGUGGUGACCCAACAGAUGUAGACAAUCUGUCUGAUGACAAAGCCAAUCAAGAAGGAGUGGAGCCAUUCAGGCGUGAGCUGUGUUUGCUGCGCUCGAGGCUCUGGACCUUCAUGCUUCAGUCCUUUUUUGCAGUGCGACACACACAAGGAUGGGACACUUUACAACCCAGAUAUCGGGAAAAAAUACUUGCAGCUGCUCUUGAUAAAGGCGACUGCAAAAGACUUGGAAAAAAACCUGUGCUCACCAGCUCUCAGAAGCCUGCAAAAUGCUUCUCAGGCUCUUCAUCUCCAUGUGAUGGUCCGACUCACCAUCCCAUUAAGGCAUCACAGGGUCCACGUGAUUCCCCUGCAAGACUUGUACCAGCAGCGUCAGGCAACAUGAAAUCUGAUGCUCUUGCGCCAACAGCUCACUCAUCUCCUUGUGGGAAAACAAAAGCUGGUAACAAUGUCUCACUCCGAAGCAAGAAUGAUAAGGAUAAGUCAACUCACUCACCAGCUAAAACCAAGACUGCAUCCACUGUUAAACCAGUGUUGAAGGGCACUGGUGGUUCAGGCACUCAACGGGAGAAUUCCACGACUUUAGGUGCCCUUGGAUCAUCCACUGGGAAGGUAGUGCUGGACAAGAAACCCAACCCUGGAGCAAGGCCAAAGUCUUCCCCUGCUGAUCUUGUGGGUGACCAGACUAAAGCAGGAAAAGUCCAGAAGAACACGACAUCAGGGAAAGAUAUGCCUCAGGAAGCAGCCUCUGACAGCACCAGCAAUGCCCGACAUGUACAGAAUAUUCCCUCCAACUCUGGCAGCACCUCACCAGACAACAGCACUGGGAGUCCUCGCGCCAAUGGCCACAGUACAACCACAGGUCUCAGGUCAAAACUUCAAGCCAAGGCAACAACAAAAUCUCCUCUGACAAAACCUGCACAGAAACCAGACACUGACAAGUCUAGCAGUCCCACAAAUAAAGCAAACAAGGCUAAACCCACCACAACCAACCAAGCAAGACCUGGAUUUCCUGCAACUCGCUCCGAUCCAAAGAGCAGGAACACAGUAACAGGACUUGCAGAAAACCAUGCUUCAUCCAGACCUCGCUCAGCCCUUAGCUCUAGAAAGCCUGCCUCCCCCAGAAAAGUAGUAGAGAAAGAUAUAUAUAAAACCUCAACCACUAAGAAAACAACAAACGCCAUCCCCGAGUCAAAAGCUUCCACGUCUUCCUCCAAGCAGUCGCUACCCUCCACAAACAAAAUCGGACCCAAACAGAAAGCUUCAGAAAUAUCAGCAACAAAAUCAUCUCCAAAAUCAAUGGUAGCAGUCAAAAACUCAAAUCCUGCUGGAUAUAAAAAAUCUGUGGCUGCUGUGAAGGUUUCAGUAUCUUGCCCCUUACACUCAGACUUUAAAAAUGUCUCUCAGCAGUCAAAUCCAACUUCUACUGCAGGUAAGGCAAGAGGCCAGGAAGUGACUUCAUGUGUGGAGAUUUCCACAGCUCCUUUAUCACUAGAGCAGAAUUCACUGCUCAGCCAAGCCGUGCUACAACAGCCAGAGGCUGUGCAGGAAACAGCAACUUCAGAAACAGCUUCAUCAGCAACUUCCACUAAGGGUCAUGAUAUGAUGAAAGGCAGUAAUCCACUAAGCAGCACAAAGGUGAAGAUUAAGUCAGAAACACAAAACUAUGUGAACUCUGUAAAUACAGAUACUUCUGGACAAUGUGAGGUGAGUGGAAGUAAAUUGGUUUCAGGCCAUUGCAUUCCUCCCCAUAUCUCUGGACCAGGUCAUAGCUUCCAUUCCACAAACUCUUCAAAGGAUUCUGACCUCCCUACUGAUACAACGUGCAGUCUAGGCAGCACUGAGCUGCCCCUAGAGGACACAUGGAAUGGGCUUCAUCCCCAGGUUAGCCCUGAGUCAGAGUCUGUCAGUGCCACCACCUCUUCUGAUGACAUUAAGCCACAGUCAGAGGAUUAUGAUGCUGGUGCCUCACAGGACGACGACUGCUACUCCCAUGAGCGUGGCGUUUCUAAGUGUGGGACCAUGCGCUGCUCUGACUUCCUGGGUCGCAGCAGCAGUGACACCAGCACACCUGAGGAACUCAAGAUGUACGAGAGCGGGGCUGGACUACGUGUGGAGGUCCGGCUUAGAGGACGGGAGGCAGAGACAACAAGUGAAGAAGAGGUGGGGCUUCAGAGACCAAGAUCAUGGAUUAGAAAGGAUGACAUGCCAAUGGAGAAGGAACCCUGCAAAAUGGAUACCACAACAACAAAUAAGAAGGGUGCACAGGACCACCAGCUUUUCUCCUCUGAGGAUGAGGAGACUGAAGAUGAAACAUCUGAAGUUGAGGUACUGCCAAAAGGAAUGGCUAGCCCAGUUGCAGAGCCAUCUCCACCGUUUCAAGGUAUUGUUAACCUGGGAUUCGAAGAUUCUGUGGACCAAGAGAAUGAGCAGCUAGACUACCAGUCAGCUUCUAACUUCCGCCGUUCUGUUUUGCUCUCUGUGGAUGAGUGUGAAGAGCUUGGAUGUGAAGAAGGAGAUGCCCAGACACCACCACGCCAGUCAGGUGAUUCCUUCACACAUUGUGAAGUUUUUGACAGUGAACCACCCAAUUCCCAGACCGACAUCUGCUCCCAGCAUUCAACAAGCAUAGUGAAAGGAAACCAUAUCUCCAACCACAAGGAAAAAGCACAUGAGGCCAAACCUGUGAUAUUCCUGACAGAAGUCUGUGAAUCUCUACAGAAAGAUUGUGCGCAUAUUAAAUCAGAUGCCCCUGUGCUAGACAGAUAUAUCAGUAACCAACCUGCUCAGGAGCGUCCCAGUCAUCUGAAUCUGCGGCUGGCAGAGCAAAAUGACAGUCUGCAAGCUAAGCAUAUAGACAGCAAAAAAGCUGACUUACGGCUUGACUUACCUGAGCUGCAGCUGACUGCGAGCUCACUUGCACACUCUCCAGCAGGGGACAUUGAUGGUUGUGACACAUUGGAUCAAACCUGCACACAUGACCGACGGCCGUCUAAAGCCCUGUCCCCCAUUUACGAGAUGGAUGUAGGAGAAGCCCUUGUACAAAGAUUGGACAUGGACAGGAGCAAUGAGCUACAGCAGGAGCAGUCACACUGGGAUGGCAAAGGUUUAGAGACAGAGGGAGUUAAAGAGGAAGUGGAGAGUGAAGACAGUAAGUUUGCAGAAAGAGACUGGAGCCUACUUCGAAAACUACUGUCUGACCAAGAGUCAAAUCUGGGCAUCAUAAACUCGAUUCCAGAGGAUUUAAACCUUGCGCAGUACCUGAUCAAGCAGACACUGUCCCUGUCUCAAGACUGCUUGAAUGAACAGGAUUACCUAUAUCAUGAGAAGGACAUAUUUAAGCGCUGGGCCGAGCUUAUUUCUCCUCUGGAGGACUCCACCACCAGCAUCACUGUGACCAGCUUCUCUCCUGAGGAUGCUGCUUCUCCACAGGGGGAGUGGACCAUUGUGGAGCUGGAAACACAUCACUGACAGCAGCAGUAACACAGGGUCUCCUGGUUUGGAUUACAGCCACCAUUUUGAUUGGACUCUGGAUUGCUGCAUCCCUUCCUCCCUUCUGUGCUUAUUUGUUUUGGGAAAAAAAAUUUUUAGUUGCAGUACUAUAAGAAGGACUGACCUCAGUACAGUUGUUUUGCAUGUGGGCAAUUUUCCAAGUUAUUGUUUACUUAAUGGGUGUUUCUUGAAUUUUUGUAGAAUACCAGAAAUGCAUUUUUAUUGUUGCUUUUUAUGUCUCUGAAUGAUGAAGCUUAAACAGAGUAUAGAGAGUAUGUAAGUGGUGUGGUUUACAGUGUGGUUUUACUGUUUUGUAUUCAAAACAGUAAAACCUGUGUUGUUUGAAUUUUUUUGCCUUCUUUCUUACGGUCAUUUAAAAAAUGUAAAUAAAUCUUUUUAUCU